UAGUUCAACUGCAAGAGAAAGCUUCAGUAAUAGUGGCUGUAGUCUUGUUUUUAAUGAAAAUAAAAAUAUUAACUAUGUAUUUGUGUCAUUAAUUAAUAUAUUUACUUGCCUUUUUUUUCUUUAAUGGAUGGAAACAAAGAUGAAAGUGAGCACUGCAUAUCCAUUGCUCAAAAAUAUAUAAAUGAAGGUGAUCGGACUAAAGCUCUGAAAUUUUUAUACAAAGCUGAAAAAUUAUACCCUUCUCAACGAGCGAAAGAUCUGAUAGAGCUGCUUGAAAAAUUGAGUGAUUCAACCGGUGAUAGAAACCAUUACUCUAGGGCAAGAAGACCUGACUUUGAAGCAAAAGAUGAGAGAGCAAGAAGCUCUUCAGCUAGAAGGAGAUCAACUCUAGGUGAUAUAAAGCAUGAUUACACUGAAGAUCAGCUGGAAGCAGUUCAAAAAAUAAAAAAGUGCAAAGAUUUUUAUGAAAUUUUGGGUGUCUCUAAGGAUGCUGGCGAAUCUGACGUUAAGAAGCAAUAUCGAAAGUUAGCUUUACAAUUUCACCCAGAUAAAAACAAAGCACCUGGAGCAACUGAAGCUUUCAAAGCUAUUGGAAACGCAUUUGCUGUUUUGAGUGAUCCCGAGAAAAGAAAGCAAUAUGAUGCAUUUGGAUCAUCUGACAGUCGCAGCUAUAAACGUUCUUCCUGUCCUCGCAAUGCAGGAUAUUAUGAAUUCUCACGAGGAUUUGAAAGUGAAGUGUCUGCAGAGGAACUGUUCAAUAUGUUUUUUGGUGGAAGUUUUCCUGCUGGGAUGGCUGCCAAUUCUUACCAGAGAAGACCACAGAGAAGAUAUGCAUCCACCGACAAUCGUAAUGUGCAAUCAGAAGCAAACUUUUCCUUGUUUGUUCAACUAGUUCCAAUACUGAUGGUUGUAUUGAUAUCUAUCUUCACCAGUGUUUUCAUCUCUGAUUCACCAUAUAGCCUUUCUAAAUCUUUGAAAUAUUCGCAAGAGAGACAAACAAGCAACUUGCAAGUGCCGUACUUUGUGAAAGUAAAUUUUAAUACCGAUUUCCAAGGAAGUAUCAGAAGGCUUGAAGCUCAAGUGGAAGAAGAAUACAUUUCUAAUUUACGUGGUUCUUGUUUCAAAGAGAAGAAUUAUAGAGAGAGCAUGAUAUGGAAAGCUCGCAACUUCAGAGACAGAGUAUUGGAAGAAAAAGCAAAAGCUAUUAAAACUCCAUCUUGUGAUACUUUGAAUGACCUCUACACAAAUGAGAGAGGCUGGUGAAAAGAAUUAUUAUUUGUUAUUCACUUUUUGUUAUGUAUAUCCUGCACAUAUAUAUUAAAUAUUUAUUAUUAUUUGAAA